AUUUGCUUGUGCUAGCGUUCUACUCAAGCGGAGCGGUUCACUGUUCCUCUCGAUCGAUUUCCAUGGAAUCCACGAAUUCGAAGUCGAAUUCUCUCCAAUCCAUCUGUUACCAACGCGGUUCUCUCCGUCUUCUCGAUCAGAGAAGGCUUCCACUGGAAACUGUCUACUUGGACAUCAGGAGUGCCACAGAUGGGUGGAAUGCAAUAAAGGAUAUGGUGGUUCGUGGUGCACCUGCAAUUGCCAUUGCAGCAGCACUGUCCCUAGCUGUGGAAACAUUUGACCUCGGCUUCAGUGGAACAUCGACAGAUGCUGCUUCUUUUCUAACAAAGAAGCUUGAAUAUCUUGUUUCAAGCCGCCCAACUGCCGUAAAUCUUUCUGAUGCUGCUACUAAGCUUCAAAAGCUUGUGUUAAAAGCAGCUGAGACAACUGAUGAGCCCAAAGCGGUUUUUGAGGCAUACAUUGAUGCUGCUGAAAGAAUGCUAACUGAUGAUGUCAAUGAUAACAAAGCAAUUGGGUUUCAUGGAGCAAGAUUUCUUCAAUCCCAGCUUAAAGACUCAGAAAGUCUGUCUAUUUUAACACAUUGCAACACUGGCAGUCUAGCUACUGCUGGAUAUGGAACUGCACUUGGGGUUAUCCGUUCUGUUCACGCUGAAGGAUUAUUAGCGCAGGCCUUCUGCACUGAAACCCGGCCAUUUAACCAGGGGUCCAGACUCACAGCAUUUGAAUUGGUACAUGAUAUGAUUCCUGCAACUCUCAUAACUGAUUCUGCUGCAGCUGCAUUAAUGAAGUCUGGACAUGUUAAUGCAGUCAUUGUCGGUGCUGAUCGUGUUGCUGCAAAUGGUGAUACGGCCAAUAAAAUCGGAACCUACAGCCUUGCAAUUUCUGCAUCUUUCCACAAAAUCCCAUUUUAUGUUGCAGCCCCGGUAACUUCAAUUGAUCUUUCACUUCCAUCCGGGGAAGACAUCAUUGUCGAGGAAAGGUCUCCGAAGGAGUUGCUGAAUGCAGAUGGUGGACUCGGGAAGCAAGUUGCUGCGCCUGGAAUUUUUGUCUGGAAUCCGGCAUUUGAUGUUACACCUGCAAAUCUGAUAACUGGUAUAAUCACCGAAAAGGGUGUUAUUACAAAAGUUUCUGCUGAUGCUUUUGAUAUUAAAGGUUUCGUCGAGAAGGUUAAAUAGAUGCCGGAGAGAUUGAGUUUGAUCUUAGAACUUCAUGCAUAACUUUCAAGCAUUGUUUUGAGAUGUAAAAAAAAAUAAGCUUGUUUCUUGAACAUUUAUGUUUGCUUGUUUGUCAUCGUGAGACCUUGAAAUCAAUCCUUUGCUCAUGAAACAUUUAAACUUUUUUGAGGCAAAUUUAUAAAAUAAUGGUAAAAAUUA